AAUAAACUCGAUUCUGUCACAUGCAUAGCUCUGGCAUGUCCUUCAAUAGAAUACCUCGAUCUAAGUCAAAAUCUGGUGCAGAACGUCGAUGAAAUUUUGGUGAGUCUCUUCGAGUUUAUUUCGUGUGAUGGAAUAGAACUGAAGGAGUUCAAGAUACAGGAUAAUCCACUGGAUUUUUCGACCACAAACUAUGAUUUAAAAUCCUUUAUGAGAGAGAUCCAGGAAAAAUUCCUCACUGCUCAGCACGACCAGCUCACGAUGAGUGAUAAAACAGAACCAAAGAAAAAGGUGUUUACUCUGGAUGAUGUCGGCCAAGAAAUAGUAGGUGCAAUGGAAGACCAAUUCACAACAUUGAGCGCGCUGGCCGACAUCUAUAACACGAGGAUAUCUGAACGUUAUACACGACUCAAAGAAACCUUUACAGGCAUCCCGGCACCAAAUCCAUGGAGCACUGAAGUCGAGCUCAAUGCUGACGAGGAGGACGAGAUGGCCAGUGAGAAAACAAAAGGCCGUCAGAAUGCCAGGUAUUCUGUUCCACCCCCUUCAACAGCAUAA